AUGUGCAGCGGAGAAAUUACGACUUACGAGAAUUGUGAGCACAAGGCUCUUCGAAUCACCAAGCCUUGCCAGAACCCCAGGGAUGAAUGCAGAGAUCGGCAAAGAUUCAAACACCAACCUGCGGCCAUCAAGAUGACUGGUGCAUGUCUGGAGUGUCAGAAACGCUAUCGCGGCCCGGGUGGAGGACCAAUGAAUAUGAACGGAGGACCAGCGGGAAGACGUACUCCUACCAGCCCCCAGAACUUGAAUCACUCAAAGUCGAUGGCACACAUGAACCAAAGCUACCCAGGCUACCCAAUGGGCCAGAUGCAUGGCGGUGGUGGUGGAGGCCCCCACACUCGACCUCCUUCGAACUCGCAAUCGAUCAUCUCUGAGCAAGAACGGGAGAUACAUGGCCUUCGCGAGUCCCUUGAAGAAGUUCGCUCGAAGCUCAGAGACAAGGACAAGGAAAACGCGAUGAUGCGCAAUUGCAGGCCAACUAACCUCGUCGUCAAGGGUAAUGAAAGCACAAUCAUGGCAGGUUUGUUGGCGCCACUUGACGAGGGAGCGGCGAAGUUGGACUACAAUCUUCAUCGCGUAAAUGAUGGUUGCAGACGUCUGGUGACCACACCACCAGAGAAAAUGAAGAGGAAGGAGUUGGAAGCCUGGAAGGAACGUCACAUGAGCCAUGAGAUCAUUUGGGACAACCAGCUACGUGAUGAGAUUCAGAAAGUGGUUGGGGAGAUGAAGAGCCAAAUGAGAGAGAGGUUGGAGUCUUUCCUGGCCGGAAUGAUGUGA